CCCAAGUGCCGAGGCUGAGGCGGGGGGGCUGCUCCACCCACAGGCCAGCCCCUCCUUGUGCGCGCGCUGACGCCCCCAAACCCAUAUGGCCACACAGCCCCCAAAACCAACAAACAGGAGAACCCACUGGAGACUUAGGGCGAUGUAAGUUUUUAAAAUGUUCUACUUCCUUCUUAGUUGAACUUCCAUUCUUUGUGAUAAAAUGAAUUUAUUGUGGCUCAACCAAUUUGCAGUCCUCCUCUGGAAAAAUUUUGUUUUAAAGAAAAGGAAGGUGAUUUCUUUAAUUGUGGAAAUCUUCAUGACACUCUUCUUCUCUGGAUUGAUUUUGCUUCAUCGCAGAGAUGUAAAAAAAGAGUUCCAGAAUGUUACUAUUUACAGAUCUCUUUUUGUCUUGUUCCCACCUCCUUUCCUCUAUAACAGGAGUGUUGUAUAUGAAGUUGCAUAUGUACCUUCUCACAGUGAUGUGGCAAAAAAUAUUACUGAGACUGUGAUAAUGAAGUUAAGACUCAAUAUUUCAGUUCGAGGCUUUUCUUCAGAAGCAGAGUUUGAGAAGUAUGUUGAGUUUGAAAAGAAGCCUGAGGUUCGUGUGCUGGCUGCUAUUGUAUUUGAUCAUGACUUCAAAAAUAGACAUGACAGUUUGCCACUUAAGGUAAAAUAUCAUCUGCGUCUUGGUGCAGGUACUGAGAGACCUUCAGCUUUGCAAAGCUUCGUAAAUGGAUGGAAUACACAUCUUCUCUUUCCAAACACACCUUCUCUAGGACCCAGGAACCCUUUUGAGGAUGAUGGGGGAAGUCCAAGGUACAUCAGAGAAGGGUUCCUGAUUUUCCAGUAUGCCGUAGAUCAGGCCAUCAUGAUGUACCAUAACGGCAGACGUAUAGAAACUAUAUUUGGUGAUUUCUUCAUUCGCAUUAGGAGGUUUCCAUACCCUGCUUAUUACAAGGAUGAUUUUUUGUGGCUUUUUCUAAGUCUCUUCCCUUUGGUUGUUAUACUUGUAUUUUCUCUAACUGAACUUACCCUCAUCAGGACCAUUGUUUCAGAAAAGGAAAAGAGAUUAAAGGAGUACCAGCUCAUGAUAGGACUCAGUAAUGCUAUGCUCUGGGCUUCCUAUUUUGUCUCAUUCUUUUUGAUGUUUGUAAUUAUCACCUGUUUACUGUGCAUGAUUUUAUUUGUCAAGAUUGUACCUGAAGUAGUCUUCCAGUACAGUGACCCAUCUCUCGUCUUCGUGUUUUUCCUGUGCUUUGUCGUUUCCUCUAUAUCCUUUGGCUUUCUGAUUUCCACAUUAUUCAAUACAGCAAUAACACUGCUACCAGUUGGUUGGUUCUUACAAAGUAGAGAGUCAUACCUACUACCUAUCAUGAAGUAUAGUAAAACUAUGAGUGGAGAAUCAUUAUGUCAAAGUCAAGCUGAAGCUACUUUGGCUGUUUCUUUUGGAGGUUUCUUCUAUUUUGUCACCUUUUUUCUAUAUGUAUUCGUGAGCACCGCGUAUGAAUAUAUGACCCUCACUGAGAAGCUGGCUUUCUGUCUCUGUUCAAAUGUUGCAGUAGCGUUGGGGAUUGAUUUUAUAUGCAGGAUGGAAAUGAAGCAGUAUGGUGUCCAGUGGGAUAACAUCCUGUCACCAGUGAACCCACAUGAUAGCCUUAUUUUUGCACAUAUUAUGGGAAUGCUAUUAUUUGAUGCUUUCUUAUAUGGUCUUAUGACCUGGUAUAUAGAUGCUGUCUUUCCAGGGAAGUAUGGUGUGCCCAAGCCAUGGUAUUUCUUUGUGCAGAAAUCCUACUGGUUUAAUAAAGCUUUAAGCAUUAAGAAGGAAGAAAGGCAAAUUACUGAUAUGAUUAAAAGUGAUUAUUUUGAAGAUGAACCUGUUGACUUGGUGGUUGGUAUCAGGAUUCAAAAUCUAUACAAGGAAUUCACAACGGAGAGGGAUACCAUCUUAGCAGUAAAAAACUUAUCUUUCAAUGUAUAUGAGGGGCAAAUCACUGUUCUUCUUGGACCUAAUGGGGCAGGAAAGACUACCACCAUGUCGAUUCUCACAGGUUUGACUCUUCCAACAAGUGGAAAGGUGUAUAUUAAUGGAUAUGAUAUCUCAAAAGACAUGAAUCACGUCAGGAAUAACUUGGGAUUUUGCCCCCAGGAUGACAUAUUGUUUGCAGAGUUGACAGUAUCAGAACAUCUUUAUUUCUACUGUGUGAUAAAAGGAGUACCUCCAGAGAUACGGCCCACAGAAGUUAAUAAAAUGCUAACUUCUUUUGGCCUGCUGGAAAAGCAUGAUGCAAUUGCAAAGUCACUGAGUGGAGGAAUGAAGCGCAAACUCUCCAUAAUUAUAGCACUUAUAGGAGGCUCCAAGGUUGUGAUACUUGAUGAGCCAACAUCUGGCAUGGACCCAGUCUCAAGGAGAUUCACCUGGAAUGUCCUUCAGCAGUAUAAACAUGAUCGAACCAUCUUACUGACUACCCACCACAUGGAUGAGGCUGAUGUUCUGGGUGACCGCAUAGCCAUCAUGGUCAAGGGAUCCCUGUGCUGCUGUGGCUCUUCAAUUUUCCUUAAAAGGAUAUAUGGUGUGGGAUACCACAUAAUUAUAGUGAAGGAACCUCAUUGUGAUGUUGAACAAAUUACUCGACUCGUUGAACAGCAUGUACCUGAUGCCAGACUGGAAACCAAUGUUGCAGCUGAAUUAUCAUUUAUCCUACCCAAAAAGCACACGGACAGGUUUACAGGCCUACUUACUGAUCUGGAAAAAAGUCAAGAAAAACUGGGCAUUGGUAGCUUUGGUGUCUCGAUCACUACCAUGGAAGAAGUUUUCCUUAAGGUCAGUACAGAGAAUAAUGAAGCUUUCCAGACCCUGUCCCUAAAGGACAAAAACAGAAGAGAAAAUAUGAACCAGAAUAUGAAUGUGCCCAGAAGUUUUGAGAGAUCAUACUCUCCAACCUCAAGUGAACACUCUAAUAUUAUGUUUAAUACCGGGUGGUCUCUUAACUGCCAGCAGUUCUAUGCCAUGUUCAUAAAGAGGGCUAUGUUCUCUUGGCGCAACUGGAGUUUGAUAUUGAUGCAGAUACUGGGAUUUCUGGGCAUCGUUUAUUUUCUGAUGAAAGGAAUAGAAAUUAUAAGAACUAAAACUGAACCUGCCAGGGAAAUGGAUUUGGAACAAUAUGGUCAAACCAUUGUGCCUUUAUCAAUUGCUGUUGAUUCUGAUUUUACUCGGAAUUUAACAAAAAAUCUUGAGAUCUUACUAAAGGCAAAGAAACAAAAACUUCAGGAAGUGAAAGGUGACCUAACGGAAUACUUGGGGCAAAGUCAAGAAUGCAUUUACUCAUGCAUUAUUGCACUUUCCUUUCAGCCUACUAGACGUCAAACUGAGGUUACCAUUUGGUUCAACAACCAGGCAUACCACUCACCACCACUAUCCCUGACAGUAUUAGACAAUAUUAUUUUUAUGGCUCUUUCUGGUCCCAAUGCAUCAAUUACAGUCUCUAACAAACCUCAGCCUCUAAAUGCUGCUUCUAAAAAACUUGAGAAAAGAAAAUUAACAGGAGCACAGGUAGCCUUGAAUUUGUUUUUUGGCAUGAGUAUUUUUGUCAGUAGCUUUUGUCUUCUGACGGUGACUGAGAGAAUCACUAAGGCAAAGCACAUCCAGUUUGUGAGUGGAGUCUCUGCCACUAAUUUCUGGCUCUCGGCUCUGCUCUGGGACUUCCUCAUCUUCUUCAUUGCCUGCUGCUUACUAAUGAUGGUAUUCCUAUUAUCUGGAUUGGAUGCACUGACCAAGAAUUACCGCUUUCUGGAUACAUUGUUCAUCUUCAUGCUGUUUGGCUGGGCUGUCAUUCCCUUCACAUACCUGAUAAGUUUCCUUUUUUCUAGUCAUACCAGUGCCUACAUCAAGCUCGUCAUGUUCCAGUACUGUGCAGGAGUUUUCAGCGUAAUAUUGAAUGUAAUAGUAACCGAAAUAUCAGGCCAAAAACCUUCUGAAAGCCUUCUACUUAAUUCACUGAUGGUGAUACCCAUACAUAACUUUGGGAUGAGCAUCAGCAAAUAUUAUGAUAACCAAGAGACAAAGAUAGUGUGUUCAUCAGCAAACAUUCCUGCCUUCGUAAAUUGUAGUAAAGCAAUAACUGAGAUGAAUGUGUAUAGUUUAGAAGAUGAUGCAAUAGGAAGAUACUUAAUUGCAAUGGCUGUCACGGGAUUUAUUUUCUUCCUUUUGAUUUUCCUUUUGGAGACCACCUCAUGGAAAGUGAGAACCUUCGUGUAUCGCUAUAUUUUCUUUGAAAUUUACAAGAAAUUUAAUAAGGAUAGAGUGUCCAAAGAAUUAUCUGGGGAAUCUGAAGAUGAUGAUGUACAACAUGAAAGAAACAGAAUCCUGGAGCAGCCUCGGGAAUUGUUGAAUUUCACAGUACUUAUUAAGGAACUCACAAAGAUAUAUUUUACAUAUCCAGCUGUUUUGGCUGUCAGAAAUAUCUCCCUUGGAAUCCAAAAGAAGGAAUGCUUUGGAUUGCUUGGAUUAAAUGGAGCUGGAAAAACUACUACCUUUGAAAUAUUGACUGGAGAGGAGACUGCUACCUCUGGAGAUGUGUUCAUUGAGAACUUAAGUAUCACCAACAAUCUCCUAGAGGUAAGGUCAAAAAUUGGCUAUUGUCCACAGUUCGAUGCUUUGCUGGAUUACAUGACUGCUCGGGAACUAAUGGUCAUGUAUGCCAGGUUGUGGGGAGUUCCUGAGACCCAGAUUACACAAUAUGUGAAUAAAUUGCUGCAAUCACUGAAUCUGGAACCCUAUGCUGACAAGUUUAUUUACACUUACAGUGGAGGAAACAAACGUAGACUGAGUAAUGCCAUUGCCCUAAUGGGAAAGCCCUCAGUCAUCUUCCUAGAUGAGCCAUCAACUGGCAUGGACCCAGAGGCCCGGCGCCUGCUCUGGAACAGAGUAACAAGGGCACGUGAAAGUGACAAAGUCAUCAUCAUUACCUCUCACAGUAUGGAGGAAUGUGAUGCUCUCUGUACCAGGCUGGCCAUCAUGGUGAAGGGAAAAAUCAUGUGCCUGGGCAGCCCUCAGCACCUCAAGAACAAGUUUGGCAAUGUUUACACCCUGAAGGCUAAGUUCAAGAUAGAUACAGAUGAGAAAACUUUAGAGGAUUUUAAAAAGUAUAUUGCAACAGUUUUCCCAGGUAGUGAAUUAAAACAUGAGAACCAAGGGAUCCUUAACUACUACAUUCCCAGCAAGGACAAUGGCUGGGGAAAGGUGUUUGGUAUUUUGGAGGAGGCUAACAAGAAAUUCCAUUUAGAAGACUAUUCCAUCAGUCAGAUAACACUGGAAGAAGUCUUCAUGACCUUUGCUAAACAAGAAAACAUAGAAGCUUAAUGAGAAAAAGGUGCAAUGAGUUUCACUUCUAACUAGUGACACUAUGCUGUCUUCUUCAGUACUUUCUACUACACCUGGAUACAUGGAGGGGCAUUUCUGUGUGUAUAUCUGUAUAUAUACAUAUAUUUAUGUAAUAAAGACUCCCCCAAAGGGGACCAUAUGUCAA